CUAACAAAACUCAACUGUGAGCAGCGGACAGUGAUCAAUACCGUACGUUUCUUCGGCGUGGCUCGAGCUUCGUAUGUUUCUGUUGUGCUUUUCAGUAGUGAACGGAAGGUGAUCUUGAUUCGAAUUAGUGAUCAAAGCUAUGGACACAAGUCAUUGCUCCACUUGAAGCAGGUUUGAAUAGGCAAAAAUAAACCGAAUCGAAAGGUGAAGUGCAAAAUAUGAAGCAGUAUUUAAAACCGCUCAUCGUAUUGUGCUUGCAAAUAUGGAUCGUGUCUUUACCCAUGGCCAAUGCGGUAAAAUUAAAGCAAAAAUUCAAAUGGCGCGAAGUGGAGUUUGAUUGGCCGUCACAGGAAACUAAACAGGAAGCAAUCAGCACCGGAAAAUAUGUAACAUCAAAUAAUCUGCCGCUUGGACUAGAAAGAUGGAAAGACAAAUUAUUCAUCACUGUACCCAGAUGGAAAUCCGGAGUGGCUGCCUCGUUGAAUUGGAUAAACAUAUCUGAUGGUGAAUCUCCAGUUUUACAUCCCUAUCCUAGCUGGGAAGCCAAUCAAUUACCCGAUGAAAAGAACAUGGACCCACCCAAACCAGAGAGCACACUGAAAAUGGAAACCUCACCGAAGCAACUAAAUGAUAAUGGAACCAUUAUAUCAACCUUCAGAGUAAGGGCCGAUGAAUGUGAUCGCUUAUGGGUGAUGGACACUGGCUUGGCUGAUAUUCUUGGUGUUCCAGUUCAAUAUGCUGCACCGUCUCUCGUUGUAUUCGAUUUGUACACCGAUAAACUCAUCAGGCGACAUUACUUUCCGGAUUCAUUGUUGAAGGAAGAUUCAUUUUUUGCUAAUGUGAUUAUCGACACUGAGCGUGGAGAUUGUGAUAAUGCAUUUGCCUACAUGCCAGAUCUUGGAGGAUAUCAAGUAAUCGUUUAUUCGUUCAGCAAUGAUAAAUCAUGGAGAGUGAAGCACAACUUUUUCCACUUUGACCCGUUGGCGGGUGAUUAUAACAUUGGAGGUGUUAAUUUCCAGUGGACGGAUGGCGUGUUUGGUAUGGCUGUUGGAAAGAAAACUACCAACGGCUCCCGGCCAGUAUUUUUCCAUGCUUUUUCGAGCACCAAAGAAUUUAUGGUCUCUAACCGAAUUCUACAAAAUGAAACUUAUUCCCAAAGCUCAGACUCCUACUACGAUUACAAACUGAUGGGUGAUCGCGGUCCGAAUUCGCAAUCUUCAGCAGAAUUCUACGAUCCAGAAACUGGUGUAAUUUUCUACACCCAGGUCAAUAAGGAUGGUGUUGGCUGCUGGAAUACUGCUAAACCAUUAAACCCAGAUACACAAGGGUUGGUUGAUUCGGACAGUGAUGCAUUAGUUUUUCCAAAUGACCUUAAGGUCGACAAUGAAGGAAAUGUAUGGGUUUUGUCUGACAGACUUCCGUUGUUUAUAUUUACUUCAUUAGAUCCCGAGCAGUACAAUUACAGAAUUUUAACUGGUGAAAUAAGUGAGCUAAUUAAAGGCACACCUUGUGAUGCUUAUUGAUUGAAGUGCAUUUCAGGAUAGUUGUUUAUUAUAAUAACAAAAAAUGUACAACAUGAACAUACUCUAAGACUACAUUCAGCAAUCAUAUACUUUGUUUGGCAACUAGGAUCCUGUGUAAUUUAAACAAAUAUGAUACUGCUUAAUAUAGUUGUGUUUUAUAAUGUAAAAAAUCCUUCGAAA